AAGAUGAAGCAGUAAUGUAUUUUGAAAUUUUGUUACAAAAUAAAUACACGGACGCAUUUCGCACCGCCACGUGGCGCGCCCUGAACCGCCUGUGUUGGACCGGUCGGCCCAAGUUCAAUGCCGCGAACUGUACGGCAUGCGGCUGGUUUGAUUGUCAACGUCGAAAAUAUACUACAUUUAGGUCCCACUUUGAACAUUUUGUUGAGGAUUACACAAAAAAAAAAAAAAAAAAAAAAGGGAACAACAUUAACGAAUUAACAUACUCUACGGUACGAUUGGACAUAUAAUUUGAAGUAUUAAAAUAGCGUUUAAUUAAAUUCUCAAAACCAUCAAUGAUGAUUCCUUAAAAUGUGUCCUUUUCGAGUGGCCCACAACACGGUCAAGUUUUUUUAAUUUUUUCUUAUGGGUAUAUCCAACAACUCCACUGAGAUAUACAGAAUCGACAUCUGGUACAAUGAGAGGCAAAAUAAAACGUGUAUUUAAAUUUUAUUAAAAAAUACCACCAUAAUUGGCGUUCUAGAUUCUGCUCCGUUAUUUUUAUUUACAAAUUAAAAUUUUUUAUAUAGAGUUAAAAUGAGUGCGUAAUAAUGGGUUUAUGUGAUUGAGUCGUAUGGUGUGUGUAUGUAUGUAUGGCGUCACUGUUAUUCGGCGGAGUGACGGAGUGGGCCGCCUUAGCUCUUUUGCUUUUCUUCAGCUGUUUCUCGUGAUUGGAAAAAGCGUUUGGCUUGCCUACACGAGUUGGUGGAUUUCUCCAUCUCUUUCCGAAAUCGAUGCAUCUGAGCGUUGGAGGGAUUGAGGAGUGGGGUGUCUGUGUUCAGAUUCAUUGUCUGCUUGAGUUUUUGAAAGGCGCGGAAGAGAUUUGGGAAGUGGAGAGUGGUGUGUUCUGGCUUCCGUGGUUGUUGAUUGAUAAUGGAGGGAGAGGGGAAUGGUUUAUGCCAGAAAAUAACGAUAGGAGUGUGUGUUUUGGAAAAGAAGGUGAAAUGCGGCUCCGAGGCCUUUUCGGGACCCAUGUUGCAAAUUUUAGAGAGAUUAGAGGCGUUCGGAGAAUUUGAGAUUGUGCAUUUUGGAGACAAGGUAAUCCUCGAAGAUCCCAUCGAGAGCUGGCCAAUAUGUGACUGUUUGAUAGCCUUUUAUUCCACUGGGUAUCCUCUGGAGAAGGCUGAGGCAUAUGCUGCACUAAGAAAGCCUUUCCUUGUUAAUGAAUUGGAACAACAACAUCUCCUUCACGAUCGAAGGAAAGUUUAUGAGCGGCUUGAAAUGUUUGGAAUUCCUGUUCCAAGGUAUGCCUUAGUUAACAGGGAAGUUUCUAAUCAAGAGUUGGACUAUUUUGUGGAAGAGGAAGAUUUUGUUGAAGUCCAUGGCAAUAGAUUCUGGAAGCCUUUUGUGGAGAAGCCUGUUCAUGGUGAUGAUCACAGUAUAAUGAUAUAUUAUCCCAGCUCUGCUGGUGGGGGAAUGAAAGAAUUAUUUCGUAAGGUUGGUAAUCGCUCAAGUGAAUUUCACCCAGAUGUCAGAAGAGUGAGACGUUCGGGAUCUUACAUUUAUGAGGAAUUUAUGCCCACGGGGGGAACAGAUGUAAAGGUAUACACAGUAGGCCCUGAGUAUGCUCAUGCUGAGGCAAGGAAGUCGCCUGUGGUUGAUGGUGUUGUUAUGAGAAACCUUGAUGGUAAAGAAGUCAGGUAUCCCGUACUACUUACUCCUAUUGAGAAAGAAAUGUCAAGGGAAGUUUGCAUUGCAUUUAGGCAAGCUGUUUGUGGUUUUGAUCUCUUGCGUAGUGAGGGUCGUUCAUAUGUUUGUGAUGUCAAUGGAUGGAGCUUCGUGAAGAACUCUCACAAAUACUAUGAUGAUGCUGCUUGUGUUUUGAGGAAAAUGUUUCUUGAUGCAAAAGCACCUUAUCUUUCUUCAACAAUUCCACCAAUAUUACCAUGGAAGGUCAAUGAGCCUGCUCAGCCAUCUGAAGGACUAACACGUCAAGGGAGUGGGAUAAUUGGGACGUUUGGGCAUUCAGAAGAGCUACGAUGUUUGAUUGCUGUCAUUCGGCAUGGUGAUAGAACUCCAAAACAGAAAGUGAAGCUGAAAGUGACAGAGGAAAAGCUUCUAAACUUGAUGUUAAAAUAUAAUGGUGGACGACCUAGAGCAGAGACCAAACUGAAGACUGCUGUUCAAUUGCAAGAUCUUUUGGAUGCAACACGAACUUUAGUACCUCGUACUCGAUCUGAUCGAGAUAAUGAUAAUGACGCUGAAGAAAUCGAACAUGCGGAAAAGCUUCGUCAAGUGAAAGCUGUGCUUGAGGAGGGAGGACAUUUCUCUGGCAUUUAUAGGAAGGUCCAACUUAAGCCAUUAAAGUGGAUCAGAGUUGCCAAAGACAAUGGUGAAGGAGAAGAAGAAAAGCCAAUUGAGGCUUUAAUGGUUCUGAAAUAUGGUGGUGUUCUUACACAUGCAGGCAGAAAGCAGGCUGAAGAACUGGGAAGAUACUUUCGAAACAAUAUGUAUCCAGGAGAAGGUACCGGCCUGCUUCGCCUCCAUAGCACAUAUCGUCAUGACUUAAAAAUAUAUAGCUCUGAUGAAGGCCGUGUACAGGUGUCGGCAGCAGCUUUUGCCAAAGGUCUUCUAGACUUGGAAGGACAAUUAACACCUAUUUUGGUUUCACUGGUUAGCAAGGACUCCUCCAUGUUGGAUGGACUUGAAAAUGCCAGUGCUGAAAUUGAGAAAGCUAAGGCUAGGCUAAAUGAGAUUAUAACUUCUGGAACAAGAUCUGUUGAUAGUAAUAGCCUGCCAGAUCACCCUUGGAUGGUAGAUGGUGCAGGGGUUCCAGCAAAUGCAUCUGAACUGCUACCCAAAUUGGUGGAGUUAACAAAGAGGGUUACUGAGCAAGUAAAACUUCUGGCCAAGGUUGAAGAUGAGGAGCUAGCAGAAGCAAGUUCAUCUGAUGCAAUUACUCCAUAUGAUCAAGCCAAGGCACUUGGUAAGACAAACAUAGAUGUUGACCGCAUUGCUGCAGGAUUGCCUUGUGGUAGUGAGGGAUUCCUUCUUAUGCUUGCUCGGUGGAGAAAACUCGAGAGAGAUCUUUAUAAUGAGCGCAAAGAGAGGUUUGACAUAAAACAAAUUCCGGAUGUCUAUGACUCUUGCAAAUAUGAUCUCUUGCACAAUGCACAUCUAAAUAUAAAGGGAUUAAGUGAGCUUUUCAAAGUGGCUCAGGUGCUUGCAGAUGGUGUUAUACCUAAUGAGUAUGGAAUCAAUCCAAAGCAAAAACUGAAGAUUGGAUCAAAGAUUGCUCGCCGCUUAUUGGGGAAAAUAUUGAUUGAUCUGAGAAAUACACGGGAAGAAGCAAGAGGUGUUGCAGAACUGAAGAGUAGCCAGGAGGCUAACUUAGCAAACCUUUAUAAUAGAAAAGAUGAUAUUGAUAGUCGUUCCAAGUCCCACAGUACACUUGACCACGCCAGAAAAUGUAGUUAUAACAGUGACAAGUCGAAGGAUCAAGAUGAUGAUGAAGACAAAGAAACAAAAUACCGCUUGGAUCCUAAGUAUGCAAAUGUGAAAACUCCAGAUCGGCAUGUGCGGACACGGCUUUACUUCACUUCUGAAUCCCAUAUCCAUUCCUUGAUGAAUGUUCUUCGUUAUUGCAACCUGGAUGAAUCCCUUCAAGGUGAACCUAGCCUUGUCUGUGAUAGUGCUUUGGAGCGAUUGCAUAACACAAAUGAGCUGGAUUACAUGAGCUACAUUGUGUUGAGGCUAUUUGAGAACACUGAGGUGGCUUUGGAAGAUCCUAAAAGGUUUCGUAUAGAGUUGACCUUUAGCCGAGGUGCAGAUUUAUCACCUUUGGAGGCAAAUGAUAGCGAAGCAGUUUCACUGCAUCAAGAGCACACAUUGCCAAUAAUGGGUCCCGAGAGGCUCCAAGAAGUAGGUUCAUGCCUUACUUUAGAGAUGAUGGAGAAGAUGAUUCGUCAAUUUGCCAUGCCAGCUGAAGAUUUCCCCCCUCCCACCAUUCCUCAGGGCUUCACUGGUUACUUCUCCAAAAGUGCUUCAGUCUUAGAGCGCCUGGUUAACUUGUGGCCAUUCCACAAACACUCGAACAGCCAUCGCUAAGUUGUAAGCCCACUUCCCAUCAUCCUUUCUAAUGCAUUUCUUCCGGAAAAAUUCUUGAUCAAGAAUGAUCUAGUGCUCGCCUUCAUAUCUGCGCUGAAAUUUUCCUACAUUCAUUUGUUACCAGAAAAAAUAAAGAAAUAAAUAAAACAAAAAAUUUCUUCUUAUUCAUCCAUUUGCUCAUUUCAAUCCUUCAUAGUUACAUUCCAAAAUACUAUGUUCUUUAUCAGCUCUUGUCUUUGCCCCUUUUAGGCUUGCAUUUAAAGUAAUGCACAAACACACUGGGUGCAAUAACACAACACAACACGAGCCGUGCCUAACGGCAUUGGUUAUCUGUUCUUGUUCCCACCUAACUUGUCUUGGUGCUCUAUUUUCUGUUAGGCACACACUUUUUGUGACAAGAUUAUUCAUUGAGGAUGAGCAUACCUAUUUUUUGCAUCUACAAUUUCCAUAUUGUAUAAGGUUGCGUGUACAAUCUUCCCAUAUGAGCUCUGUUUUGUUUUAUGCAAGAAAUUGAAUAAACUUGUGGGUGUGCUUUAUUGGGUGAGUCUCCAUCAUUAGGAGGUUCCUUCUUAUCAUUUCCUAGCCACCGAUUGAUAAAGAUAUAUGCACUAUGUUUGAAUAUGCUUCAAUUUCUGCUCUUACUUUCAAACAUACUUCGACAUCUUCAUUGAUUAUUAAUAAUAUUACAAUAUCA